ACAAGAGACGCGAGCUCCUGCAAAUAUCCAGCUGUAUAGUCCUUGUGGCUUAGCGCUUCUUUUUUGAUAAUAAUAAUAAAUAAUAAUAAUGCAAAUAUCCAUAUUCUCGGUCAAAAAAAGUUGAGACACUCCUGACAUAAUGGUGUAUACAUUCACUUACUUGCCUAACAAGAAAUUCCUAACAUUAGAAGACCCUUCCGUGCAAAGUUUGCUUCGAAAAUGGUCCAUGCUCGGGAGGCUGACGUGCCAGGCUUUUGCUUUCGACCAGGAGUUCAACGCUUAUCAGAUGGAACAGUUUCUGAAAGAUUUCGUCAGGGGUUCAGCGCGGCAGCGUCCCUGGAGGUGGCGAUGGCCUAUCCCAUAUACAGGGAAAGAUGGAAUUUAUGUAUAUUAUCAUCACAAAAAAUACAUAUACAUACAGGUAUUGGUGGAAGAGGGUGGAGAGCUGUGGGAGGUGCUGCAGAAGGAGGAGAGAGAACAGCUACUAGUGAGACUCUUCCGCCUGGUGGUACUGGGGGGAGAGUGCUGCCAGUUCGAAGACAACAUUCACCACUAUCUCGCCGUCACUAGAACCCUCUACAGGGAUCUCGUCACGCCUAUGGUUGAGGACGGGAGGGUGGUGGUGAGAUCUGUGGCAGCGCAGGUGAGCGUCAUGGCUGCCGACGGUGUGACAGUACCAGAGAAACCAACCCACUCUCAAAACAUUCUCCUGCUGGUGGUAAACCCGCACACCAGAACCACCCACACUCUCCUACACCAGCACGGUGUGGGUGACUUGGACUAAGACGGUGUGGGUGACUUGGACUAAGACGGUGUGGGUGAUUUGAACCAGGACUGCUGAAAUGUGAGUGAGGCUAAUAUUAAUUCAUUGCCUCUAGCAGCGAAAUCAAAAGGAAGUUAUAUGACCUCUAAAUUUAAACUUAUUCCCUUUGACUAAUGUAAAUAAAAACAGUAUAAACUAAA